GGCUGCUCUGGGCUUCAUUCAUAAGACUGAGAGCUACGGCCAAGGCAGGGACACACGGAGCUGGGACUUGAUUGUUGUGGUUCUUCUUCUUGGGGGCUGUGAAAUUCGCUUUAUUAUUUUUUUUCCGGAAAGUUUUUGGACGGCUUCUUCUAGAUAAUUCUACAUUUUCUUUUGGAGGAUCGACUUAUUUUUUUUCGUCUUCUUUAUUACUCCCUUCCCCCUUGUGGGACCCGCCGGACGCGUGGAGGGGACCACUCCCGAAGCAGAUUCUGUACAGCAGGACUGAGCUUUCCACCCCUGGGGGAGCGAUCCCCCAUCGCCCCUUGGUCCUACGGAGCCGGGACUUUCAGGAGGCACAGCGGCAUCUUGUGGGGGCCUGGGCACCGCAAAGGAAUUACACAGAAACUUUGCCAUUGUUGGAGCGGGACGCUGCUCUCACCUCGAGUUUCCCCGGACAGCGCACUUUGGGGACGCGCUCGGCUCACCCCGGACUCGCACCUUUCUUCCCCCACCCGGCCAUAGCCUUGGCUUCCCGGCGACCUCAGCGUGGUCACAGGGGCCCCCCUGUGCCCAGGGAAAUGUUUCAAGCUUUCCCCGGAGACUACGACUCCGGCUCCCGGUGCAGCUCCUCACCCUCCGCCGAGUCUCAGUAUCUGUCUUCGGUGGACUCCUUCGGCAGUCCACCCACCGCCGCCGCCUCUCAGGAGUGCGCCGGUCUUGGGGAAAUGCCCGGUUCCUUCGUGCCCACGGUCACCGCGAUCACAACCAGCCAGGACCUCCAGUGGCUCGUGCAACCCACCCUCAUCUCUUCCAUGGCCCAGUCCCAGGGGCAGCCACUGGCCUCCCAGCCCCCAGCCGUCGACCCCUACGACAUGCCAGGAACCAGUUACUCCACGCCGGGCAUGAGUGGCUACAGCAGUGGUGGAGCUAGUGGCGGUGGUGGGCCUUCCACCAGCGGAACCACCAGUGGACCUGGGCCUGCCCGCCCAGCCCGAGCCCGGCCGAGGAGACCCCGAGAGGAGACGCUCACCCCAGAGGAGGAGGAGAAGAGAAGGGUUCGCCGAGAACGGAACAAACUGGCAGCAGCCAAGUGCAGGAACCGGCGGAGGGAGCUGACAGACCGACUCCAGGCGGAGACAGACCAGUUGGAGGAAGAAAAGGCAGAGCUGGAGUCGGAGAUCGCCGAGCUCCAAAAGGAGAAGGAGCGUCUGGAGUUUGUGCUGGUGGCCCACAAACCGGGUUGCAAGAUCCCCUACGAAGAGGGGCCCGGGCCAGGCCCGCUGGCGGAGGUGAGAGAUUUGCCGGGGUCAGCAUCCACUAAGGAAGAUGGUUUCAGCUGGCUGCUGCCGCCCCCGCCACCACCGCCCCUGCCCUUCCAGACCAGCCAAGACGCAUCCCCCAACCUGACAGCUUCUCUCUUUACACACAGUGAAGUUCAAGUCCUCGGCGACCCUUUCCCCGUUGUUAACCCUUCGUACACUUCCUCGUUUGUCCUCACCUGCCCGGAGGUCUCCGCGUUCGCCGGCGCCCAACGCACCAGCGGCAGUGACCAGCCUUCCGACCCCCUGAACUCGCCCUCCCUUCUUGCUCUGUGAACUCAUUAGACACAAAACAAACAAAUACACAAGGGAGAGAGACUUGGAAGAGGAGGAGGAGAGAGAGGGGAAGAGACAAAGCGGGUGUGUGGCCUCCCUGCCUCUCCUGUCUGACCCUCGGCUGCCUCUGCCAUCGGACAGGAGGACUUCCUUGUGUUUUGUGCCGCCUCUUGUUUCUGUGGCCCGGCGAGGCCAGAGAGCUGGUGACUUUGGGGGCAGGGGGUGGGGAGGGGAUGGACACCCCCAGCUGCCUAUCGGCCCUCUCACUUCAACCCAGUGGCUGGGGAUGGGGGACGGGGGUGGGGAUGAUGCCCACCUUUGGGCUGGAGGGACUGGGGUGCUGGUGGUGGACUGUGGGGUGGGUGGAGUCCUCUCCAGAGAGGUCCAACAAGGAGAGGCCACAGAGCCCCCAGCAGGGUCUCCCACGCCCACCCUUCACGGGCUGACCGGGCUGGUUCUCCCAGCUCCCCCGACCUUAGCUUAUUUAUCCAACAUUUCCGUGUGGUUAGAUCCUCCUCUGAAUUGAGCCCUCCUUGAAAGGGAAGCUGAUGCUCCCCUCUGAUAAUCUCCUUCCCUCCACCUUUGACUUAGAAAUGUGAACCUCCCUCCCUGACCGUCCAGCUGCUCCCUCCCAGCAAAACUGGCUCUGAUUUGAAUUUCCGGCCCCCUAAGGCUCGCCCCCUGUUCAGCCCCCAGCCCUGCCUUCGGAUGACAGUAUUAUCCCCCGCCACCGCCACCGCCCCCCUCAGCCUCCCCUCCUGGCCUUCCUUGUUGGGCCUCUCUGAUUCAGGCAGCAGGGGGCGCUGUGAUGCCUGUCCUGCUGGAGUGUUUUAUACUGUGAAAUGAAUUGGCCGGACUGUGGGGGGAGCCCCGGUGGGGACAGGACCCUUCCCAUGCCCCCAAAGACUUUCCAUGGUCUCCCUCCCCAAUCUGCCUCCGUGCUCCCCCCAAAAUGAGUUAGACUCAAGGGGGUGACAGAAGCGAGAAGGGGGGGGUGACAGUUAUCUUAUCCAUCCGCGUGGCCUCUCUCCUCAGGAGCCCCCAGACCAAGCCCUGGCCUUUUCCGUUAAGGCCUGUCCCCCAUCCCAGCCUAGGACGCCGACGUCUCCCUCCCCUUGGCCCCCACAUCCCUUCUAACGAGGGAGCGCGGGGAGAGUGCCAGGGGACCCGACGUUUUUCCGGAGAUUUCAAGGCUGAGGCUUCGGCCCCCGCCCCCUAGGGUUGCGGGCCUGGGGAUGCCCACGGGGCUGGGCCCCCGCCCCCAAUCUUGGUUUUGGCUCCCUCCCCCCGCCUUUCCCUGUGCUUCACCUCGAGGGAAGUUUCUCACGAGGCUAAUGGAUAUUUUUUAAUAUCGGGUGGGUCCCGCCGCCCUCCGUGCUGCAUGGAAAACAUUCCACUGCCCCGUCCCGCGCGGCUCCCGCCCUGAACCCGGACCCCCGCCUCCCGCGGCUAUUUAUCCCUUUCCUGGUUUCCGAAAAGCACUUAUAUCUAUUAUGUAUAAAUAAAUAUAUUAUAUAUGGGUGUGCGUGUGUGCGCGUGAGUGUGUGAGAGCUUCUGCAACCUUGGCCUAGGUCACGUUCGUUGUCCCUCAAAGCCAUGCCACUGAAUUGGAAACACCGCUUCUGGAAACUUGGAGGCAGCCCGUCUCUGGCUGUCUCUGUCUUGAGCUGUCUCUCUUCUGACUGUCUCGGCCCCUCUGGUUGUUUCUGGCCUGUCUCUGGCCGCCUCCUUCCCGACUGUCUCUCCCCCUGUGUCUCUUCUCUGCCCGUUUUGGCCUGACCGUUUCCACCUGACUGUCCCUGGUCCUCCAGCUGUCUUCUGACUCUGGGUUCGGUUCGUUGGGGACGUGAGGUUUCCGUCUGGGGAGUGAGCCUAAGGGAUUCGAGAUGUUCAUAGUUUGUAUCUUGGAGAAUUCUGGCUGUGAGUGUGAGGCUGUGAGCAGGGCCUGCCCCUGCGGACCCGCAAUGUAUUGAAUCUCCAACCCCCCACCCUAUGCUGUGUUUGUGGUUCUCUUUUUGUAUUUUGCACCUGACCCCCAGGGGGGCUGGGGCUGGCUGGCACUGGGCGCUACCCUGCCCUUCGUGGUUCUGCACUGUCGCCAAUAAAAAGCUCUUUAAAAUGCA